AUGUCCCUCCGCGCGGGCUCCCCCGCUGUGCUGGUGUGCCUGGUGUUGUUGUUGCUCCCCCAGGUUCACGCCUUUGGUGCGGGUAACAUCGCCUCGAUUUCUGCGAUCGAGGGCAAGAACUGGCGCCACGGCGACAUCGAAGAUGUGCUCAGGACGCUCGCCUUUAUCUCCGGCCACAAAUGGACCUCGACGAUGAUCAAGCGGGUCUACUUUGGGAAUUGGCUGCGCGACUACUCCCAGGCUAUGGAUGUCGGCACCCUGAAGAAUCUCCAGGCUGACACCAUCCGUAUCCUGGUGUGGGUCCUCUCGUUCCUGAGCUUCGGUUACGCGACGGCCGAAUUCGAAGUCACUUUGGACCGGCUGGGUGUCUAUCGCCCCGAAGAACAUAUUGACAACCCCAAGGAUUACGCCGACAACGAAGAUGCGCGCCAGUAUGAUAAGCGACUCCGCCCGCCUGUGCGCACUGUCGAGUUGGAAAUCGACCCGGACACCGGCAUGAAGAACUACAUUGCCAACGAGCGGGGCGACUGGGACACCAGUGCCGCCUAUGUCAAAUACAGUCUGGGUCGUAGCAUCCACUAUGGGCGUUUGUACACGAGUGGGGGACAUGGACAGCGGAAAGGCAACGAGGAGGACCUGUGCGAAGCGCUGCGAUGCCUGGGCCAGGGACUGCACACGCUGGAGGAUUUCGCGGCGCACACCAAUUACUGUGAACUGGUUCUGCGCGAGAUGGGGUUCAUGAAUGUCUUCCCGCACACCGGCACGGCGACCCAGUGCAAUAUCCGCGGGCACCACGUCUUCCCGCUGGUGACGGGCACCUUUGGAAUGGUCGAUUUCUUCCACUCCGUUCUGGGAGAGGCCACCGAUCACUUCACCCAGUCCGAGGUCAACGAAAUGGAUGUCGCACUUGGGGACGCCCAGAUGAGUUCCCAGUCAAACAACUCCCUCAACGCGCUCACGGGUCUCCUGGGCAAGGUCCCCGGGACUAAGGAGCUGGUGUCGGAGGCGGAAAGUCUGAAGCGCUCGUCCGAGGCGCAAGAGACGAGCAACCGCAGCCGGGGCUCACACACCGGCUACGUUCAAGCCGGCGGUUCUCGCGGUAUCGACGACCACGAAGGAACCCGCGCCUCUGGACCCAACCAGUCUUCUGGUGGUCUUGGCACUGGCCUGCAAGGCAUGCCCGACUUCAACCCGCAGGAGACAGUAGCCAAGAUCUACCCGAUCCUGGCCUUCCGCGACAAAGUGGUGCGGAAGCUGAACUCGAUCAUCGAGAAGAUCCCCGGGCUGGAAGCCGUGAUGGAGAAGAUCUCCGAGACGCUCACGGUGUUCAUCAUGUCGCUUCUGGCGCCUUUUAUCCGACCGCUUAUCAACGCAGCGUCCAAGUCGCUGCAGACCGGGUCGUCCGGUGUGAUCGACGCCUCGGGCAAGCACCAGUACGAGCCGUGGACCGACCCGACCUGCACCGACCCCACGCAUUCGCUGCUCUCCAAGGACCACUUUGCCAACAUUCUCAACGAGCCCGCGGGCCAGGUUGCCUCCGCCAUCGUGCGCUAUGCCGCGCCCCGUGUUCUGUACGCCUGGCAGCACCCCAAUGUCCCCGAGCACGAGGUGCUGGAGGAUUGCAUGCGCAUCUUCCACCACCCUGCCCUGCGCGAUAUGCGCAACGAGGCUCACCGCACCAUGUUUGAGGCUGUUGAGUCCUGGGUGCACGCCCGCUCCGACCGCGGCGCCGCCUUGAACGACAUCCUCAGCGCUGAAGGCGUCAGGUCUGGCCGGAACACCGGUGGUGUCCCCCACUCGCAUGGCGGUGGCCACGGCGGAUUCCCCGCUAUGGGUGGUGGCGCCCAUGGUGCUGCGCACGGCCAGGGCCAUGGUCACGGUAAUGCGGGCCAUCAGUCUUUCUUCCCCUCGUCGCAGCAGCACCAACAACCGUCGCACCAGGGCUCGUUGGGUCUUCCUUGGGAUAAGCUUUCUAGCCUGCCAAUCCCGGGCAUGUCGAACCUGAAUAAGCUGGAGAGCACUAUCUCCAACUUCAUUCCAGGUGGGCUGUCGCAUGGGCUGUCGAGAAGUGUAGAGGGCGAGCCUGGAAGCAGUGGCACUCACCAGCAAGAGGAUUACAACGCAUCGUCUUAUUCUCAUCCAUCAGGCGAGCACCAGCACCAGCAGCACCAGCAGUACCGACAAUACCAACAGCCCUCGCAGUACUACCCUAACCAGCACCAAGGACAUGGACAUGGUGGGCAUGGAUACUGA